ACUUAGCAACUAACCUAAUAUAAAUAUAUUUAUAAAUAGUUGGUGCCAUCCAUGGCUAUGGUGGUGGUAACAAUCCUUCUUUUGGGCACAUUGAUGGUGAGUCUGCUACUUAAGGUAGCCUAUGAAACCAUCUCAUGCUACUGGCUAACCCCGCUGCGAAUCAAGAAAAUCAUGGAGAUGCAAGGCGUCCACGGCCCAAAGCCUAGAUUCUUCAGCGGCAACAUCUUGGACAUGGCUUCUCUUAUUUCCAAAACAACCUCUGACGACAUGAAAACCAUAAACCAUGAUAUUGUCGGUCGCCUCCUUCCGCACUUUCUCCUCUGGUCUUCCCAAUAUGGUAAGAGAUUUGUAUACUGGAACGGAACGGAACCAAGGUUGUGUAUAGCAGAGACAGAAUUGAUCAAAGAGUUUCUUUCUAAAUGCAGCACGGUUUCCGGGCGGUCAUGGCACCAAAGGCAGGGAUCAAAGCAUUUCAUCGGAGGAGGAUUGUUGAUGGCCAAUGGUCAAGAUUGGUACCAUCAACGACACAUCGUUGCCCCUGCUUUCGGCGGAGACAGGCUCAAAGGAUAUGCAGGAAACAUGGUUGAGUGCACCAAAGAAAUGCUUCAAUCUCUGCAAAACGCAUUGGAUAGUGGCCGAACCGAAGUGGAGAUUGGGGAAUACAUGACCAAACUCACUGCUGAUAUUAUCUCUAGAACCGAGUUCGGCACAAGCUAUCAGAAGGGUAAGAAGAUAUUCCAUCUUCUAAAAGUUCUGCAAACUCGUUGUGCUCAAGCCAGUCGCCAUCUUUGCUUUCCUGGAAGCAGGUAUUUUCCGAGCAAAUAUAACAGAGAGAUAAAGUCAUUGAAGAUGGAAGUAGAGAAACUAUUGAUGGAGAUAAUCCAGAGUAGAAAAGACUGCGUCGAAAUUGGAAGGAGUGAAUCGUAUGGAAAUGAUUUGUUAGGGAUGUUGCUGAAUGAAAUGGAGAAGAAAAAUAGUUUGGAUCUUCAGUUGGUGAUGGAUGAAUGCAAGACAUUCUUUUUUGCUGGCCAUGAAACUACUGCAUUGUUACUUACAUGGACAGUUAUGUUGUUAGCAUCAAAUCCCUCUUGGCAACAAAAAGUUAGAGAUGAACUUAAAAGCACAUGUAAUGAUUCUGGAAUUCCCUCCCUGGAUCAACUCUCCAAGCUCACUCUUUUGCAUAUGGUAAUAAAUGAGUCAAUGAGGCUUUAUCCGCCAGCAUUAGUGCUACCAAGAAUGGCAUUUGAAGAUAUAUUAUUGGGUGACCUUUAUAUCCCUAAAGGAUUAUCAAUUUGGAUCCCUGUGUUGGCCAUUCACCAUAGUGAAAAAUUAUGGGGCAAAGAUGCAAAUGAGUUUAAUCCAGAGAGGUUUACUUCAAAGUCAUAUACCCCUGGUCGUUUUUUACCAUUUGCAUCUGGCCCUAGAAAUUGUGUUGGGCAAGCAUUUGCAUUAAUGGAAGCUAAGAUCAUAUUAGCUAUGUUAAUCUCUCGCUAUAGCUUCACCAUUUCUGAAAAUUACCUUCAUGCCCCUGUGGUUGUCCUCACUAUCAAGCCCAAGUAUGGAGUUCAAGUUUGUUUGAAGCCCUUGGAGACAUGAUAAGCCUUAUAACUACUAUUACGCUUUAAUUAUUAAUUAAUUAAAGGUAAAAUAUAUUUUUUGUUCUUAAAGUUUAGUAAAAAUUUUAAAAAUAUUUUUAAGUUUUAUUUUGUUUUAAUUUUAUCUCAAAAAUUUUCGAUUUGUAUCAAAGAUAUCCCCAAUAGAUAAAUUUUCAAAAAAUUUAAAACCAAUCCAACAAAAAUUUUGUCGUUGCAUUGGUCUUCAAAUUUUUUAAAAAUUAGCGGCUAGAGGUAUAAUUGAUGCAAAUCGAAAAAUUUUGAGAUAAAAUUAAAAUAAAAUAAAAUUUAAAGAUAUUUUUAAAAUUUUUAUUAAAUUUCAAGAACAAAAAAUAUAGUUUAUCUAUUAAUUAAAAUUGAGGGCAUGAGCGUCUUUUUCUUUUUUUAAUUUUAAAAUUUUGGGUUUUUUUGUAAAAUGCAGGGAGAGUUGUGAUCAUGUGUUGAUGAUCUUGAUGAGCAUUCUUGUAAUUUUUUAUUUCAUUUUCAACUUUUUUGCAAUAUGAAGAGAUAG